GGGGGCCGGACUUCCUGGUGCUGGGGCUUGUCAACAGGCGGAGAGGAAGGCAGGCAGGCAGGCAGGCGGGCGAGGAGGCUGGGCAGCGCUAGGCAGACGGGGAGCCGCCGCCGCCGCCGCCUCUGCGAUCGGGGAGGGCUGCCCGGGCUGCCCACCCACCCGCAAAAAGCAAGGAGCCCGGGGGGCAAACGCCGGGCAACUUUGCUCCUCCGCGCAGCAGGCUCUCCGUUCCUGCAGAAGUGGCCCCUAACGCACCCCGGGCCCUUGCGGGCACCCCUUGGAGACCGCCAGGAUGCGCCCGCGCCUGAGCAGCGCCCUGGCCCCCUAGCCCCCCAGGAGGGAGCCGGGAGCGCCGCCAGCAACCAUGCAGGAUCGCCCAGCGGUUGCAAGCGCUCGUCCUUAGGCCCCGGCGGGCCACCCCACGCCCAGCCGCGCCGGAUGCUGGCAUGCGCCUGGCUUGGCCCCCGUGCCUUCUGCCUGGUGGUGCCCCCGAGACUCGACCCCCCUGGCGUCGUCGGUGAGUCUGGCCUGGCCAUGGCCCUGGGCUGGUACUGACCCCGACGGCAGGGCUGGCUCCUUGACCUGGAGAGGCUGCGCUGCUCCUCUGCCCUCCGCGCCCGCUUUCCUCGGGACCAUGAGCGGCGGGAAGAAGAAGAGCGGCUUCCAGAUCACCAGCGUCACCUCGGAUUACGAGCAGCAGAAGGAGGGGGGCUCGUCCCCAGGAGGGGAGGCCAAGGGCCCCUCCAGCCCCAAAGUGUCCCGGGGCGGCGAGGAAGCCGACCCCCUCGAGGACGACGGCGGAGCCUCUGUGCCCAAGAACGGGCCCUCGGCCUUGGGCUCCCCGGGGGUGGCCCCGGCCUUCCAGGGCCCGGCCGGGGCCGCCUCCCGCUUCCGGGUGGUGAAGCUGGACCAGGGUUCGGGAGAGCCCUACAAGAGGGGCCGCUGGACUUGCCGGGACUUCUACGAGCAGGAGGCGGACUACCACCUGACGGGGCGCCUGGCGGAGUCGGGGAGGCACCCCCAGUCCCUGGACUCCCGGCUGGAGGUGGCCGGGCUCCUGGCCAGGCCCCCCAGCCCCUUCAGCCCCCAGCCCCAGCGCCGAGGGGGCUACCUGCAGUCGCAGCUGGUGCUCCCCUCGCCCGGGCACUCGGGCCACCAGGCCCGCUCGCUGGGAGGAGGCUUGCCCGUGCUCAUCCGCCCCAUCAGGACUCCCCCCAGCCCCGUGGCACCACGCAGCCCCCUGGUGGCUCUGGAGACCCGCCCGCCAGCUCCCGGCGAAGGCAGCAGGGAAGCUGGCGAACCGGGCCCCUUGGCGGGCACCAUCCCAUCAUUGAUGGUGGAGGAGCAUCUCCUGCCCAAGAGCGUCGCCCAGCUCCUCCCAAGGGGGACAGAGGAGCGGCGCAAGGUGAGAGGCGUUGGCCAGCUGUGGUGGGCUUUGAGGGUGCGGGGAGGACGAGGCUCCUGAGUUUACACUAGGGCCAAUUGGGGACACAGUGAAUUUCAGCUGAGCCUAAAGAGGAUGGAUUUAGGCCUGGGAAAGCCCCCAAGCACACCUGGUCCUUACAGGGUGCUUGCUCUGUGUGUAUGUGUGUUUUCUUUGCCCUGCGGAACUCCUUGCUGCUUGGAAUUAUACACUGCACGUACCAGUUCUCCAGACGCCCUCCUUUCACCUUCCUGGCUGGCAGCACUCAAAACCUUUCAGUUCCACAAAUCAGGGGUGGAGGAACGGGGGCCUGGGCAAGACUGGCACCCCACAGCGCUUCUGUGGCUCAGCAAGGAUUUCAUCCCAGGUCGUAGAACCUCCUCCCCACAGCGCUUCGGCCACAGGUCCUGGUUCUCCAGCCUCUGGACAUAGCUGUCCUUCCGUGACCGAGGUGCACGAUGGGAGAAUCUCUUGGUGGGCCCUGGGUGGCCCCAUUGGUCUGUUCUGGGGGUGCGAUGGGUGGGUGUGGGUGGGCAGACUUUGGCAGCCGGAUCCUACCCAGCCAAGCGGGAACUUGGGGGUCCGCAAGCCAGUCCCACCUUUCCCACCCCCGUCAGAACAAUGAACCAUUGAUUUAUUUUGUUGCGGGCUGAGCAGGAAGGAAGGAGCCGGACGCCUGGGUUCUUCUGGAGCAAGAUCCCCAGGAAGGCGCAGGACGAGGGGCAGGAGGGCCUCUUCUCCCCACACCAUCCUCUUCACUCCACCCCCUGCCCCUCUACCAGCCUCCUUCCUCUCUUCUUAGAAAUCCCUCUCUGUUCCUUCCAGCCAGGGGCACACAGAGUCUCUUGUUUUCUGCCUCAUCCGCCCUGACGCUCCUUGGAAUAAACCCCCAAUGACCCUCACAGCGUGGGGAGGGGUGUGGGUCUCUCACCACUCACUUAACCACCAGGCUCUGGGAGGGGGUGCUUUCCCCAAGUCUGCAGCCUGCGGAAGGCCUUUCAGCUCUGGUGCCCGCUAGAGGUGGGGUGGGUUGGGGGCAGCAGCUGUGGGUCAAGCUUACCCUCUCUCUCUCUCUCUCUCUCUCCCCACUCCCCCUGCCUCGCAGGUCUUGCCCAGAGAGUCCCGCUCGCGCCCAUCCUCCCCGGCUCCUCCGCUCUUCCGAGAUGCCAGCCCCUGCCGCAGGACCUCCGACCCCUUUGGCGCUGGCCGCUUCAGCCUGGCGCGGUCCAUGUUCGGCAUGGGGGGCGCCCAGGACAGCGACGACGACAGGUGAGGCAUGGGGUGGUACGCCUGGGUUUUGUCUGUGUGUGUGUGUGUGGAGGGGGGGAAUUCUAAAAAUCACAGAACCGCAGAGUUGGGCCCUAGAGUCAUCUAGUCCACCCCCCAAGUGAUGCAGGAAUCGCAUCUAAGGCAAAUUAUUAUUAAUAUUAAUUUAUUGCCUUCACUCCUAAGGUCCCAGGGUGGGUUACACCAUCAGAACACUGUGUUUUUUUUAUUUGAAAAGUGGAACGACUUUAAAGGCCGAUUGGCCCAGUCUGGGAGGUAUGGGGGCAUUGUGCAAAUAACAGCCCCUCUUCUCACCCCACCUGCUUGUCUUUCUCUGAAAGCCAAAGUAGUUAUUGGAUGUGUGUUGACACGUGGGGGUGAAGGGGGUGCUGGCAGCUUCAUAGGAAAGGUAAUUCCUCCCCCCCCCACAAGAACUCAAAGGGAGGCUAAGCAAGGAGUAGUUCCACCAAUGGAUAAUGGCCUAAUUUCUUAAUUUCCGAGAGGGUAGAGACUGAGGGGCCAAAGCCCUUUUCCCCUCCAGGGUGGGGGAGGGAGGGAGCUGCACUCCGCAUAUGCUCAGAGGCACCACAGCCUAUGUGACCGGGCCGAGCCUUGGCAAAGCUUGCCUGGGUUCCUUGGUCAUAGCUGUCUUGGCGGGGGGGGGGGGGAGUGUUCUGACUUGGGCAAGAGGAAGGAAAUGGGGGGCGGUUAGGACUCCACGCUCUCCCUCCUCCCUCCAGCAGCCUCCCGCUGAGAGCGGAACAAUUUGUACGAAGCAGCCACAUCUGUAUCUGGUUGUGUCGUCGCAAUAUUCAUUUGCUGCUCCAGCGACAGGCCGCCCGCGGUGGCUUCGGGACAGGCGUCUCGGAGGGAGGGGAAGCUGCGGUGCGCCCUGCAGCGGAAAUUCAGCGGCGGCUCAAAGGGGUGUUUCCACGGGCGCUGAGGACUAGGAGCAUGCUUUGAAACGUGGGGAGGGGAAACCUUGAAAGCUGAGGUUUUUAAGCAGAGGUCAGGUGGCCACCUGCCAGUCAUUUUUGGGCUGCGAUUCCUGCAUUGCAGGGGGGCAGGCCUGGGCGACCGCCGGGGUCCCUUCGUUUUACGAAAAAGGGAAGCUUGCGACUUGUUUCUUUUAGUGGGUGGGUUCCAGGCCUUCUGCUCUCCCAGGCAGGUGAGAUUCUCCACACUUCCCUGCCGCUGGGCUAUUUCCGUCUCGGCCCUGGGAGUUUGCCAGCCCCUGCAGUGGGCACGGACGGAUCUAUUUCAAGUGUGACCCUCCAUGACCCUCUGCCAGCGCUGCCCAGUUCCGCUCUGCUGCCAAACGCCGUCUCCUCUCCAAGCCGGGGUGGGGGGAACACCUUCUCUGCCCUCGUUGCCCCCCAACCGCAUCAUUCGGCCAGCUGCCCUCUCAUUGCCAUGGCUGGGGGCCUCGUGCUUUCUGGCUCAUGCUGGCACCCCAGAACCACGUGCCACGGCCGUCCCUCCUUCUGCGCACAUCCAAGCAUGCAUGGCAUUUUUAUUUAUUUUUAAAAAUGUAGCAGGUGGGUUUGCAGCCGCAGCAGGCAGUCCAGGGAACAGAAGCAGGCCUGGGAGGGCAGGGCGGGCAGAAAACACUGCGCAUUUCCUCCUCCCUCCCUCCCAGAAGGGAGGAGAUGUCUCCAAAUGGGGAUGAGAGCAUUGGCCCGGAAGAAAUAGCAGCCGUGCACUGAUGCAUUGAUCCCACAUGGGGAGCCAAGGGUUGCCCCGUGGGGGUGGGGGGCAAGAGCAAAGCAACGAGCCCUUACAACCAGGGACAGGGGGGCAAGUCAGGCCGAAGUCUCCUUCUGAGCAGGACUCCCAAGCCCUCUGUCUCCUGGCUCCCACACAGGCACAUAAGAAAAGCCCUGCAGGAUCAGGCCGAUAGCCCACCUCGCCCAGCGUCCUGUUCCCACAGCAGCCAACCAGAUGCCCCUAAAGAAAAGCCACAAGUGGGAUUUGAGCACAAGAGCCACCUUCUUCUUCUUGUGGCUCCCAAUUCAGAAGCAUGGCUUUUCCUGACUGGAAGCUGAACAUAACCAUUCUGGCUGGCUAGCUAGCGUGUGUGUGUGUGUGUGUGUGUGUGUGUGUGUGUGUGUUUUCAAGGUACAUUUAAUAAUAAUAAUAAUAAUAAAUUUUAUUUAUACCCUGCCCUCCCCAGCCAGGACUGGGCUCAGAAUGGCUAACACCAAAUAUAAAAACAAUUGAUUAGAAUACAGCUUAAAAAACUAAAUUAAAAUACAACAAUUAAAACAUUCAAAUGCAGCCUCAUUUCAGUGGAACUUAAUCAAAAACUUUUUUGGGGGAUAGAUUUAAAAACCCUCCUUCCCCUAAAGGACGUCAGGACGUCAGGGCAGAUUCUUCCCACACCACCCUCUGUUUAUCUCCACAGCAACCCUCCAAGGCGAGUUAGGCCACAUUUGCACCAAACAUUUAAAGUGCUAUGAUGCCCCCUUCCCCCUCCCCACAAAACGGAUUCUGGGAUUUGUUAAGGGUGCUGAGACCUUCCCCAGGGUGGUUUAAAAGUCAGUCUCCCUUCCCAGGGAACUCUGGGAACUGCCUGUUUAAAGCCGCACCGUGGUGCUUUAAAGAUAUGAACCAGACAGAGAGGACAGACGGACCCAGGAGGCUGUGUCUGUGUGGGGAUUUGAAUCUGGGCCCCUGCCACUUUCAACCACACAGACCCAUCUGCAGCCUCCUCCCUGUCCCUGCUCCUGCAAGCAGGCUGGCUGUUCAGGUCCCACACGGGCAAAACCCUGAAUACAGGCGCAUGCUUAUUUUCACACUGACGGCCUGUGGCUUCCCCACCACCACCACCGCAUACCUACAGCAUCUCCAGCGGAGGGGAGAGGUGUUUGCAUUUUAACACCUUGCAACCCAGCCUGGAAGCAAGCCUGGAAGCAAGAGCAGAUUGCCCUGGAUGGUGCCCGCACUUCUCUCCCUCCCAGCGGUGGGACCGGGAGAGGCCGGGCCAAAGCCACAGCGAGGAGGAGAAGGAGGAGAAGGAGGCCGGUUUCAGCCAGCACCCACCACAUUCCUCCCCGGAUUUGGCUCUGCUAUUCUUAGCCCUGUUUAUGCAAGGGCUACCUUGGAGGGGCGCGGGAGGACUCCGUGGAGAGGGGGUGCUGGAGGGCAGCCAGAGGGUGGAGUUAGGGGCAGCGUGGCAUUCAGAGCGGGAUGCCCCCUUCUGCAGGACAGCCCUGAAAACGUGGGGGAAGUUGGCACAGUUGCUACAACCCAGCAGGAGAGGAAGAGACAGGAAUAAGGAAUAAAUCCUUUUGAGGUGUUGGGAGGAGGAGGAGGGUCCAUGGAGCUGGGGAGGAGGAGGAGGAGGAGGCCUGGGCUGAGGCGCAUGUGAGGCGUGCAGGAAGGAGCGGGUGCAAUUCAGAGCAGGCCCGUGUUCCUUCCUGCCCAGCUGGUGCAAAUGUGCCCCUGGGCCAAGGAGGAUCCUUCUCCCUGUCACUUCCGAAACCUGCAAGACGGGUUCUUGUGCUCACACACAGGUUCAUGCCCCGCUGACCCCCACCCCACCCCAAACGGUGCCCAGGUCUGGGGUUAACCCAUGGGUUGCUGGGCACCCCCUCUCUCCAUUUCUGCCAGGGGUUCGCCAAACUCAAGGCCCUCGGGAUAUCUAGGGCUGCAACUUUCCUCAGCUGCCAGCCAGCUGGAGGGCGGCAGGUUGGCAACGCACCCGGUAGGCACUGCCUCCGCCAGGCUUUGGCAGAGAGCAAUGGCUGCCGGGUGAUUUAGGGGAGAAUCAAACCCCACCCAAAGCUUUGGACUUCAACAGAGAUCUUGGGCUGCAAUCCCAACAUGGUUAGCGGGGCAGGUUUUUUGGGGAAGGAGGCCUUCCUCAAGUUAGACUCAGCAGGGGUCAGCAACCUAUUUCAGCAGGGGGCCGGUCCACCGUCCCUCAGACCAUGUGGGGGGCCGGACUAUAUUUUGAAAAAAAAAUAUAUGAACGAAUUCCGAUGCCCCAGAAAUAACCCAGAGAUGCAUUUUAAAUAAAAGCAGACAUUCUGCUCAUGUAAAAACACCAGGCAGGACCCACAAAUAACCCAGAGAUGCGUUUUAAAUAAAAGGGCACCUUCUACUCAUGUAAAAACACGCUGAUUCCCGGACCGUCCGCAGGCCGGAUUUAGAAGGCGAUUGGGCCAGAUCCGGCCCUGGGGACUUAGGUUGCCUACCCCUGAGCCAGAGGGUCCAUGAAAAGAGGGCAGACCCCACAGCUCAAGAGUAGGCACCCACCCUGCAGAGGAAAGAAGACCAUUUGCAACAGAACCACAGACUAGCAAAGUUGGAAGGUACCCUAAGGGGACAUCCAGCCCAACCCCUGGCAAUGCAGGAAUCGCAGCGAAAGGAGCCCUGAAAGAUGAGCAUCCAACCUCUGCUUAAAAACCUCCAAGGAAGGUGCGUCCACCACCACCCGAGGGAGUCCGUUCUGCUGUCAAACGGCUUUGACCCUCAGACAGCUCUUUCUAACAGCUUCCGGUCUGCCUCAUCCCCAAGACCCGGGGCAGUCGCAGUGGAACACCCAACUUCCUCCCCACUCCCCUGUAAUUUAAUUCAGACUCUGUACAUGUUUAUUCCUGUUUUAAAGCUUAACCGAGCUAGAACAUUUUUUUUGGGGGGGUGUUAAUUAGAUUUGGGCAAAUCUCCAAAGCAAAGGGAGCGGCAGAGUUUGGGGGGCAGGCAGUGCCCCUCUCUGCCUGCUCCACCCCAAACCCCACUUGCACACUGAUACCCGGGGGCUGCAGCUGGCUACCUCCUUGCCCCAGCGAGGGUGGCGUGGGUGGGAAAGCACUGCAGGCCUGCCUUUGGACUCCCACGAUUGGCCGGUGGGAGGGGAGGGAAGGAGGUAGGAGGGAGGCCAAGGUCACCCUGCCCUUGCCUUGCAAGGGAGGGUCAGUAGGCUUCCUCUUUGAGCAGGCUUUGGGAAGGGGAACCCAAGUCUCUGUGUCUGACGUUUGGUCUCAGAAUCCAAGAACUGUAGCGUUGGAAGGGACACCGCAGGGUUAUCUAGUCCAGCCCCACCAAAAAGCAGGAAUUGCAGCUAAAGAAUCUGAACUGAUUUUGUAAUGAAAUGAUUUUAGAAUGUUGUAUCAUUUUACUGUUGUUAGCCGCUUUGAGCCCAGCUUUGGCUGGGGAGGGCGGAAUAUAAAUAAAAAUUUAUUAUUAUUAUAAGAAUCCCUGGCAGGUGGCCGUGCGGCCUCUGCUUUACAAACCUCCAAUGAAGGAGAGUCCAUUGCCUCCUGAGGUCAUAGAAUUAGAAGGGACCCCCCACUGCAAUCUAGUCCAACCUCUCCGCAUCGCAGGAUUUCCCAGCACAAAGCCACCGCCGCAAGUGCCCUACAGACAAUCCUGGCUCCCAUUUUUUCUUUCCCCUUCACCGCAAGUAGCCCCGAAGUCCCUAUGCACACAUGUAUGUGUGUGUCUGCACAUACACACACACACACACACCUUCCUUCUUUCCUCCCCCCCCCCCGCCAAGGCUGGGCUGGACUCCGGCGCUCCCCCCGCUGAGAAGCGCCUGGUGCUGCGUUAUGUAAUGCCUUUGGGCUCUGGUCCCAGUUUCCAUGGCGACGUCCCCACACCCCCUGGCAUUCCCCCCCCCCCGGACCGGAUUGGCAUAAACAGAGGGUGGCAGGUUUAUAAAGGCCCCUUUGUGAGUCCGCCCCCCCUGCUGCAUCACAGCCAAGAACAAGGCAAGGGUGAAGGGAAGGUGGACUUUUUUUGGUGGGGGGGGGGCAAAGCAAACAGCAUCGAUCUUGCUGUUCCCCUUCCAGGGUGGGUGGGGGGGCCAUCUGAUUUGAGGGUGCUCCUCUAGGCACAAGUCCUCUGUGUGUUUGCGGAAAGUGGGGAGAGUGGAGAAUGGUGCAGCUGAUGUCCCUGGCUGUCAUUGAUGGGGCGUGGGGUGUGGGGAGGAGAAAGAAAGGAAUAAACACACACACACACAGCCACAUGGCCUUGGCCAAUGGGAGUGAAUGAGAGGGGGCCCGAGCGCCAGGCACAGAGAUGGCUAUUUAUGCCCGGCCAGGGAGCACCGCUGGGCAUCGCUGCCCAGGGAGCCCAUCCCAGCGGUUCAGCGCCUCCUGCUGCCGCCGCCACCCAGCCCCCUCACUCCGCCCAGGACUCCUGGGUUCCUGCCGCAGCGCUUCUAGACAGAAGACCACCGCCAGCUUGUGCAGGAUCUGGGAGCGGAAGAGGACCUUAGCGAGGAGGGAUCUGGGCCAGGGGUCAAAGGGCGCCUGAGGACUCUGGCGGCCCAGAAGCGCAGGACCUUCCUCGACCGCCAGCACCUGGAAGACCCGAGGAGGGAGCCGUUAUGGCGCUGGACUCCCUGGGGGUGUCUGUCAAGUCCAGGGUGAGCGCCUUCGAGGUGCAGCAGGAGCCCCAGGGCUGCGGCUGCUGCAUGCUCCCCGAUUCGAGGGACCCCCGGCGCCCCCGGCAGCGGGGCUGCACCUCCCCGGCCCACUCCAGGGACUUGUCCCCUGCGAAGCCGAGAGAGACCCCCAAGGGACGCAGGAAGCUGAACGGACGGAAGAAAGAGGUGGACAAGACCCUCGUCUCCCUCCUGCUUGUCUUGCACAGGUAGUAGAGGGGGCAGAUUUCGGGGGUGGGAGUUUGAGGCAAGCAUGGGGGGUGUUUUUUGGGGGGGGUGUUGAUGGUUGGGCAGGGGUAUUGAGGCUAAGGAGGGAGUGUGGGGUCAAGGGCAUCAGAGGACAACUGUGGGUGGGCCAGGGAGAACCUCAAAACCCUGUUCCGCCGCAAACCUGUUUACUGCAUAGCCUUGGAGUAAUAUCUCUCCCUGGCCUACCUUGCAGGGUUCCUGGGAGGAUAGAGGAGGGAUGGGGGAGCUCUCAGGAGGAAGGGUCUGAGUGAAAAAUGCAGACGAGCUUGUUGUGUGUGCCAGGAGGAGGCCGAGUGUUCGAUUAGCAACAGGUAUGGGGAACCUGGGAAUUGUUGGACUGCCAGUUCCCAGCUGCCCGAUAGCCAGGGAUCAUGGUGGCAGAGCUCCAUGUUAGUCACCUCUGGAGUAGGGGAAAGGCAAGGGAGCUCCCUGGAGCCCUUGACUGGCCACGGGUGCAAAUGGAGCCCUGUGUUGAUUGGGAGCUUGGUCUAGUCCUGUCAGGAAACCCUGGGCUGACAUUUCAGGAGAUCAAAGCGGCCCAAGCUGGAAGCAUUAAGGCAAGGGUUUCUCUGCAGAGAAAAGCAACUGCUUUUAAAUAUCUUUAAUUGUAUUAGUUUUUUGGGAAAGUUUAAAUCUGUUUUUGCUUUUUUAUUAUUAAGGAAAGGUGCAUCUGUUUUGCUGCCCUGGGCUCCUUGGGGAAGAAGGGCAUUCCCUCAAUCAGAAAAAACAACCCCCAAACCCACCCAGGUGUGCCCAGAAGUAGGGUGCUUAUUUUGCAGCGUGUCACGACUAAACUGGUGGGGUUCAAAUGGGUCUGGAGACACACAGCCUCCCAAGACAGAAACCUUUCCCUGCUAACCCUCCUCCACCCGCCCCCCAGGUGCAGUUGUCCUCACUGGCAGGUGAAAGGUGCGCUGGUCUCGCUUCAAGUCUUGUUCUCGUUACCACUUAAUUCUUACAAGCAUUACAAGGCAUGCAUUGGGGGGUAAAGAAUUAGGUGUUGUUGUCUGGGGAUGGCGCCUAGCAAGGUCUUGUUUAAGAGAGAUUUGUGGCUGUGUGACGAUCCCAUUCAAUCUUAUUGGAAGUGCAAUCCCCCACCCAGCAAGAAUUUUGGACACUGUAAGGUUAUCCCGUCCCCCCAGUUACAAUCCCUAGUGAUUCCUGCAUUGUGGGGGUCGGACUAGAUGACGCUUUUGGCGCCUUCCAAUUCUGCAAUUCUCCGAUUCUACAGUGCCCAGAAUACUUGGGGGGGGGGGAUGCGCUUUAGAAGUAUAGUGUGUAUGCCGUCCCUGUGUUGCAAAGGAAGGAGGCGAACUCAAAGGGAGCUGAGCAUGCGAUGCUGCAGCAAAAAUAGCUAACACAAUUCCACUGGAGUCUGGUGUCCAGAUCGAGGGGUCAGAGUCCUGUGUCCAGUUCUGGAUGCCACAAUUUAAGAGGGCUAUUGACAAGCUGGAAGGUGUGCAGAGGAUAAAGACCAAGAUGAUCAAGCGUCUGGAAACCAACCCUUGCGAGGAAUGGUUGAGGGAGUUGGGUAUGUUUAGCCUGGGGAAGACGAGACUGAGAGGGAAUGUGAGGACCAAAUAUUUAAAGGGCUCCUACGUGGAAGAGGGAGCAAGCUUGCUUUCUGCUGCUGCAGAGGGAAAGACUUGAACCAAUUGAUUGAAGCUGCAAGAAAGGGGAUUCCAAAGAAACAUUAGGAAGAACUUUCUAGUGUGGUCUUCAGCUGUAGUUCCUGCCUUGCAGGGGGUUGGACUAGAUGACCCUAGGGGCAUAUCUUGCAACUCUACAAUUCUACAAGUAGGAAAGUCUUGUGAGAACAGAAGUGGUGGAGGUUAGCUAAAGAGUGUGUGUGGGGGGGUUGUCUGUCUUGCCUCCUGAUCCACCUGUCCGUCUCUUCCUCACAGCGGAACCAACAGCAGCAUGAUCGCCAUAGACAACAAGAUUGAACAAGCCAUGGUGAGUCCAAGGGGUGGGGGAAAUGUCGCAGGCCCCCUCCAGGCUGGGACUGUGGCCCUGCUGAGCUCUGUCCGGGCUCUGAAGCCCUCUACACAUGGGCAGGAAAGGGUCGUAGUGGGUGAACAGAUGAGCAUCCCUCCCUCCCUCUCAGAAAAAAAGAAAGAGCAAGGGUCCAGCCAGACAGGCCCACAAAAUAAUCAUUUCAGGCAAUCUAUUUGUUCAUACCUGAGCGGCUUACGUUCAGAUGUGACUUUAACCCUGGGUUCCUCCAUCCCUUCUCCCCGUUUUGUGCUAUCUGCUGCUUCCGUAGAAGCUGCUCCUCAUCAAAGCCGCCCAUGUAAAAAAAUAAAAUAACGGACAAUGGUACCCACUGAAAACUGGUGGGAGUGCUUUUAAAGCGGAGCAGACGUCACCUUCGGAUUUUCUGAGGGCAGGAAAACUCCAGGUUUAGCAGGGGGGUGUUUGGGACAGCAGCUGCAUCGAUAAGGUGGGAAUUAAAGCGUAUGGUUAAGCUGUGGAACUCCCUGCCACAGGACGCAGUUAUAGGCUCCAAUCUGGAUGGCUAUAAAGAGGAUGGGAUAAAUCCAUGGGGGAGGAGAGGGCUAUUGAUGGCUAUGAGCCAGGUUGGCUUCGCCCUGCUUCUUCAGCUGGAGGCAGCGAUGCUUCUAAAUACCAAUGGCUGGAAGCCGCAGGAGGUUUGCUUGAAUCCUGUUUUGGGGCUCCCCAUUUGGACACCUGGCAGGCCACUGAGAACAGGAUGCCGGACUAGGUGGGCGCCUCUUAUGUUCUUAACAGCCUCUAAGUAUUCCUCUGCAAGGGGAGGGUUGUCGUGAGGGCAAUCCAUGGGUCUUUACAUGCCGGAGGGUCCCUGCUUCAAUCCUCAGCAGCUCCAAGUAGGGCUGAAAUCCUGAAGGGCAAGUGUUGCUGAGCUAGCUGGACCAGACAGUCUGGUCUGGGAGGAGGAGGCUGCAAAAUCAGAAUUGAGAAUCAGUUGUAGGCACAGUUGUGGUUGUGUGUGUGUGGAGGCAGCAACUCUUUGGCUGCGACUCCUUUGUUGCAGGAGUUUUGGCCUGUAGCAGGCAUGUCCAGCCUGUCGAUCGCGAUCUACUGGUCAGUCGCGGGUGCCUUCCAGGUCGAUCUUUGGUUGAAUUGAAAAACGAACUCAAAAAUUGCAGGCUCUCGGGAGUUGGACGUGCCUGGCCUAUAUGAUCUUUAGGUGGGCCUUCCAACUCUACAAUUCUAUGACCUCAGAAGGCAGUGGACUCUCUUUCAUUGGAGGUUUAAAAGCAGAGGUGGGCAGGGGGCAUCAUUCAGGGAUUAAAGGUAAAGGGACCUCUGACCAUUAGGUCCAGUCGUGGCCGACUCUGGGGUUGCGGCACUCAUCUCGCUUUAUUGGCCGAGGGAGCCGGCGUACAGCUUCCGGGUCAUGUGGCCAGCAGGACUAAGCCGCUUCUGGCGAGCCAGAGCAGCGCACGGAAACGCCGUUUACCUUCCUAUUUAUCUACUUGCACUUGAUGUGCUUUCGAACUAGGUUAGCAGGAGCAGGGACUGAGCAAUGGGAGCUCACCCCGUCGCGGGGAUUCGAACCACCGACCUUCUGAUUGACAAGUCCUAGGCUCUGUGGUUUAACCUACAGUGCCACCCGCGUCCCCUUUCAGGGAUUAAUAGGCUGCCAUACUGCGGAACUGUUGGUUACCGAAGCUGGGGAGGAUUUUAGAAAAGACGCUGGGGAGAUAAACGGUCUCUUUCAGAGCCCGCGGGAGGGAGUUCCACAGUUGAUGUGCUGCAUGAACUACCGUAUUUUUCGCUCUAUAAGACACACCAGACCACAAGAGGCACCUAGUUUUUGGAGGAGGAAAACAAGGGAAAAAAAUAUAUUCUGAAUCUCAGAAGCCAGAACAACAAGAGGGAUCGCUGCGCAGUGAAAGCAGCGAUCCCUCUUGCUGUUCUGGCUUCUGGGAUAGCUGCUCAGCAUGCAUUCACUCCAUAAGACGCACACACAUUUCCCCUUACUUUUUAGGAGGGAAAAAGUGAGUCUUAUAGAGCAAAAAAUAUGGUACUUUACAUAUGCUACGGAGCCGGCGUGCAGCUUCCGGGUCAUGUGGCCAGCAGGACUAAGCCGCUUCUGGCGAACCAGAGCAGCACACGGAAACGCCGUUUACCUUCCCGCCGGAGCGGUACCUAUUUAUCUACUUGCACUGGUGUGCUUUUGAGCUGCUAGGUUGGCAGGAGCAGGGACCGAUCAACGGGAGCUCACCCCGUCGCGGGGAUUCAAAUCGCCGACCUUCUGAUUGGCAAGUCCUAGGCUCUGUGGUUUAACCCACAGCGCCACCCGCGUCCCCUUUCAGGGAUUAAUUGGCUGCAAUACUGCGGAACUGUUGGUUACCGAAGCUGGGGAGGGUUUUAGAAAAGACGCUGGGGAGAUAAACGGUCUCUUUCAGAGCCCGCGGGAGGGAGUUCCACAGUUGAUGUGCUGCAUGAACUACAUUACAAACGCUACGGUCCUGUGAGUGGAGGCUUCCCACAUGCCUGACGGUGUCCCUGGCCUCUCUCUCUCUCUCUGUGUGCCCCACUCCUCUCUAGGACCUGGUGAAAAGCCACCUGAUGUUUGCCGUGCGGGAGGAGGUGGAGGUCCUGCGGGAGCAGAUCAAGGAGCUGUCGGACCGCAACGCCUUGCUGGAGCAAGAGAACGCCCUCCUGCGCUCCCUGGCCAGCGCAGAGCAGCUCAGCCGCUUCCAGGCCCAGCUCCACGCCAACGCCAAGCCUCCUUCCGGCGGUGCCGCGUGACCCUGGGCCGGCAGGAGGGGGCUGGACUUGGACACUGAGGGGUGUGUGUGUUUGCGUGUUUUGGGGAGGGGGCACUCACUAAUGGAUUUCCCGCAGAUGUGAAACGUGGGUGGGGGGGCACUAGCGUUGCUGGAAGGGGUGUGUGUGCGUGCGCGUGUGUGGAGCCAGCCUUUUGGGGUGCGGGGUUGGGGUGGGGUGGGGAGAAAGGGGGCCUACUAACACAGCAUGUGCCUUUUCGGGGGUGGAAUCAGGACUUGGUUUUACCCCCCCAGCUCUGGGAGUGGGGGGACCUUUUUUUUUUUUUGCGCAAAGACACGAUUUACCGGCUGCGGAGGGGGACUGCCAGGUUGGUGGGCUGGGGCGGGGGCUUUUGGGGAGGGAAGCCGCUCACAGACUUGGGGGUGAUUCCCGCCUGCCCCUUAUGGGCCUGACUUAACGCCCCUUGGCCAAAUCUCAUUGGGACAGCUCUGCAGUCGCCCCAUUGAAAUGGGGAACGGGAUGGGGUGUGGGGCCGGAGACACGAUUGGGGGCGAGGGGUUCAGGCCAGGUUGGGUCGGGUGCGGGGGGCGGAUGGAGCUGGCAAUAAAUUUUCUAUUAAGGACACUUUUGCAGUAUUUCAGGUUAUUAAAGUACAAGACUGCUAAUGUC